GAGAUUCUUCUAAUUUAAUUUCUUGUUACAUCAAAGACCAUUUUGUCUUUAUGUCUCUAUAAUUGUGUUAAAUUUAAACUUGGAGUGAAUUCAUACAGAAAUCAUCAAGUUAUGGUGCACCACCAAUAUAGUAUAUUUGGGAGCAGCAACCUCCUUGGUCCCUAUUGCCAACAGUGCAAUAUAGUCACUUCAGUGACUACUGAAGGACCAGUACAAAAGAGAAGGAAAGACAGACGAGAAGAAAAGGAGUGAGGGAGCAAAGAAAAGGAAUGAGAAAGAGGACAAAAAAAGUAAGAGACAUCUCAGGAGAAGAGGUCCUGGGGAAGAGUGAUAGGGCGGCAUCAGUGGUUGCCAGACACUACAGCCAGUGCCACAUGUCUUCAUUCAACACUGAGUGGGCCCUGGAAGGUAUAGUGACGAAUUAAUGGCACAGUUCUGCCCUCAUGGCAGAGGGCAGAUACAUAUUCUGAGAAGUCACUCAGUUAAAUAUUUAAUUAUGAUAAAAUGUGAUAAAUAUUAGGGCAAGUACAGAGUACUAGAAUGUAUAUCUGCUUAACUCCCAACCUACUUGUUUUCAAAAGCUACUGUAAGAAGUAUGAAGUCACAAUCUGUCUUAAAGGGUCUCUCCUAUUCUUACUUCUUUUCAGAGGAAGACAGACCACCCUCAACAUGGGAUUGGAUUCAGGAUUUGUUCCUAGUGUUCAAGACUUUGAUAAGAAACUUACAGAGGCUGAUGCUUACCUACAAAUCUUGAUAGAACAAUUAAAGCUUUUUGAUGACAAGCUUCAAAACUGCAAAGAUGAUGAACAGAGAAAGAAAAUUGAAACUCUCAAAGAGACAACAAAUAGCAUGGUAGAAUCAAUUAAACACUGCAUUGUAUUGCUGCAGAUUGCUAAAGACCAGAGUAAUGCGGAGAAGCACGCAGAUGGAAUGAUAAGUACUAUUAAUCCUGUAGAUGCAAUAUAUCAACCUAGUCCCUUGGAACCUGUGAUCAGCACAAUGCCUUCCCAGACUGUCUUACCUCCAGAACCUGCUCAAUUGUGUAAGUCAGAGCAGCGUCCAUCUUCCCUACCAGUUGGACCUGUAUUAGCUACUUUGGGACAUCAUCAGACUCCAACACCAAAUAGUACAGGCAGUGGCCAUUCACCACCUAGUAGCAGUCUCACUUCUCCAAGCCAUGUCAACUUAUCUCCAAAUACAGUCCCAGAGUUUUCUUAUUCUAGCAGUGAAGAUGAAUUCUAUGAUGCUGAUGAAUUCCAUCAAAGUAGCUCAUCCCCAAAGCGCCUAAUAGAUUCUUCUGGAUCUGCCUCAGUUUUGACACACAGCAGCUCGGGAAAUAGUCUGAAGCGCCCAGAUACCACAGAAUCACUGAAUUCUUCUAUGUCCAAUGGGACAAGCGAUGCUGACCUUUUCGAUUCACAUGAUGAUAGAGACGACGAUGGGGAGGCAGGGUCAGUGGAGGAGCACAAGAGCGUUAUCAUGCACCUCUUGUCACAGGUUAGGCUUGGAAUGGAUCUCACUAAGGUAGUUCUUCCAACAUUUAUUCUUGAAAGAAGAUCUCUUUUAGAAAUGUAUGCAGACUUUUUUGCACAUCCGGACCUGUUCGUGAGCAUUAGUGACCAGAAGGAUCCCAGGGAUCGAAUGGUUCAGGUUGUGAAAUGGUACCUCUCAGCCUUUCAUGCAGGAAGGAAAGGAUCAGUCGCCAAAAAGCCAUACAACCCCAUUUUGGGUGAAAUCUUUCAGUGUCAUUGGACAUUACCAAAUGAUACUGAAGAGAAUACAGAGCUAGUUUCAGAAGGACCAGUACCCGGGGUUUCCAAAAACAGUGUAACAUUUGUGGCUGAGCAGGUUUCCCAUCAUCCACCUAUUUCAGCCUUUUAUGCAGAGUGUUUUAAUAAGAAGAUACAAUUCAAUGCUCAUAUCUGGACCAAAUCAAAAUUCCUCGGAAUGUCAAUUGGGGUACAUAACAUAGGGCAGGGCUGUGUCUCGUGUCUAGACUAUGAUGAACAUUACAUUCUCACAUUCCCCAAUGGUUAUGGAAGGUCUAUCCUCACAGUGCCCUGGGUGGAAUUAGGAGGAGAAUGCAAUAUUAAUUGUUCCAAAACGGGCUAUAGUGCAAAUAUCGUCUUCCACACUAAACCUUUCUAUGGGGGCAAGAAGCACAGAAUUACUGCUGAGAUUUUUUCUCCAAAUGACAAGAAGUCUUUUUGCUCAAUUGAAGGGGAAUGGAAUGGUGUAAUGUAUGCAAAAUAUGCAACAGGGGAAAGUACAGUCUUCGUAGAUACCAAGAAGUUGCCUAUAAUCAAAAAGAAAGUGAGGAAGUUGGAAGAUCAGAAUGAGUAUGAAUCUCGCUGCCUUUGGAAGGAUGUCACUUUCAAUUUAAAAAUCAGAGACAUUGAUGCAGCAACUGAAGCAAAGCACAGACUUGAAGAAAGACAAAGAGCAGAAGCCCGAGAAAGGAAGGAGAAGGAAAUUCAGUGGGAGACCAGGUUAUUUCAUGAAGAUGGAGAAUGUUGGGUUUAUGAUGAACCAUUACUAAAACGUCUUGGUGCUGCCAAGCAUUAAGCUGGGAAAUGCAAAGUUUACAUCUGAUGACCAGUAGGCGUAUUUCAGCAACAAACAAUCUUCCUUUGGGAGAACCUAUUCACUCCCUUCUUAUUACAGUGGUUCCUAUCUCAGGGAUACUGACUUUCCGACACAGACGAACAAUUAAAGCGGGAAAAGCUUCCCUUUUUUCCUCUGUGGCAGUUACGAUUUUGACUUCAGUCCUGAGAAAAACUUCAGGUUUUGAAAACAAGAUGUCUGCUCCUUUUCCAAACCCCAGGCAUUGGAAAGCAUUUAUAAAAUCCAACUCUCUAACUCUGCACUCUAGUACUGCUAUUAAGAUAUACAAGCUCUGUUUCUUAGUUCAUAUAAUUUUUGGUGUUAUAUAUAUAUAUAUACACACAGACACACAUACACAUAUAAAAUAUACCUGAUGCCAGAUUUUUCAUAAAUACUCCACCUAUUGUAAAUAUGGGUUCCUCUGAGUUGUUUUAGAAAAUUAGUGCAAUGUAUUAAAAUCAAGUGUUAGGAAAUUUCAUGGUCUCACCUAUAAUAACUUUUAUUUUGGAAGUAAAAUAUUAUUAAAUUGUAAUUAUACUCAGCACUUAAGGCUUCAUAAAGUAAUUUUUUCAACCUU